AUGGCUCCACCAUUCCGAAUGGACCAGAUUGGCUCCCUGCUUCGGCCGAAACAACUUCUCGAAGCUCGCGCCAGCCUGUCUUCUCCUUCUCAGAUGUACGACAUUGUACAAGACGACAAGAUCAAGGAGGCCGAAGUCAAAGCCAUUAAAGAAGUCGUUCAAAAACAACGAGAUCUCGGCAUAAGACCCAUUUGCUCGGGAGAGUACACUCGCCAUAUUUACUAUGGCGGCUUCUUCGAGAAACUCGAAGGUAUGAAGCCCAAACCGACACUGCCGAUUCCGGAUGCCUUUCGAACAGACUUCCCAACCACGACCGGUCUCGCAAAGAUGGGCGCCACGACUCGUGCUGCAAUCGUCUGCACAGGACCUAUCCGCUGGAAAGAAAGCGCUUACUUGGAAGAAUGGGAAAUUCUCACAUCAGGUCUAAGUUCCGAACUCUGGAAAGAAGCCAAAAUCACAAUGCCUUCGCCAAAUUAUCAGCACAUUCAACUCAAGCCUGGCACAGCGUACACCGCAGAAUCAGGAUACAAGAAUGAUACAGAAUACUUCCAAGCCCUAGGCGAAGCCUACGCCUCCGAAAUCCAAGCCCUCUACAACGCAGGCUGCCGUUUCAUAAGCGUCGACGAUCCACAUCUGACUUACUUCUGCUCUUCUCUCUUCCUCGGCGGCUGCGAAAAGGAUGGAGUAGAUACAGAAGCUUUGCUAGAUCUCUACCUCGAAGCACAUAACCAUUUCCUACGACAACGGCCUGGAAAAGAUUUACACAUGGGUACGCAUCUCUGUCGAGGAAAUAUGAGUGGUUCUACGCAUUGGGUUUCGGGAUCAUAUGAUAAGAUUGCGGAGAAAUUGUUUACGAAGACGGAUUAUGAUACUUAUUAUCUGGAAUUCGACGAUGUGGAGAGGACGGGUGGGUUUGAGUGUUUGAGGUUUCUGCCCAAGGGGAAGAAUGUGGUGCUUGGGCUUGUGUCGACGAAGAAGGCGGAGUUGGAGAGGACUGAAGAUUUGAAGGCGAGGAUUUUGGCAGCUGCGGAGUGGGUUGCGAAGGGUCAAGGUGUUUCGCAAGAGGAGGCUUUGGAUUCGUUGGCGAUUAGUCCGCAAUGUGGCUUUUCGAGCUCUUCGCUUGCUGGAGGGAAGGGUAUGACUAUGGAGAGGAUGUGGGAAAAGUUUUUGCUUGUGAGGGAUACGGCAAGAAGUGUUUGGAAAGAUGCGCCGUGA